AGCAGCAGCAGCAGCAGCAGCGCAGCUCCGCUCCGCUCCGCGCUCGUCUCCCGUCCCAGCGCCCAGGCAGGGCGCGCAGUCCCGCCGCCGCGAUGCAGCCGUUCCCCCGCCGCGGCCGCCGCCUCGCGCUGCCCGCCCUGCUCCCGCUCCUCACCGGAUCCCUGGCUUUUGCUCUUGUUUCGGAAGAUAUAAAGAAAGAGGUCAAGCAAUCUAAGAAUUUGGAGAAAAGUGAAAUAUCAAGGAAAAAUGACAUAGAUCUAAAAGGAAUUGUAUUUGUCAUCCAGAGUCAAAGUAAUUCUUUUCAUGCAAAGAGAGCAGAACAAUUAAAAAAGAGCAUCUUAGAGCAAUCUGCACAGCUCACACAGGAACUCCCCAGUGUCCUUCUUCUUCAUCAGCUGGCAAAGCAGGAGGGUGCCUGGACCAUCCUUCCAAUAUUACCACAUUUUUCUGCAACCUAUAGCAGAAAUUCAUCAUGGAUUUUCUUCUGUGAAGAAGAAACAAGAAUACAAAUUCCAGAACUCUUAGAAACACUCAGAAGAUACUCUCCAUCGAAGGAAUGGUUUCUAGGGAAAGCGUUACAUGACAAAGAAUCUACGAUCAUUCACCAUUAUGCCUUCUCUGAAGACCCAACAGCUUUUAAAUAUCCAGACUUUGCUGCCGGCUGGGCUCUUAGUAUCCCACUUGUAAACAAGCUUACCAAGAGGCUAAAGAGUGAAUCCUUGAAAUCUGACUUUACAAUAGAUUUAAAACAUGAGAUUGCCCUCUACAUUUGGGACAAAGGUGAUGGCCCUCCCCUUACUCCGGUGCCUGAACUUUGUACAGAUGGUGUGGACUCCGGCUGUGCUACCACGUUCCGCUCUUCCUUGCCUCUCUGUGGAAAUCCAGUGAAGAAGGAAGAUAUUUUUGUUGCAGUAAAAACCUGCAAGAGAUUUCAUGGUGAAAGAAUACCCAUUGUGAAGCGGACUUGGGAGGGCCAGGCCAGUCUCAUUGAAUACUAUAGUGAUUAUGCAGACAGUUCCAUUCCUACCAUAGAUUUGGAAAUUCCUAAUACAGACAGAGGUCACUGUGGAAAGACAUUUGCCAUCUUGGAAAGAUUUUUGAAUCGCAGUCAUGACAAAAUAGCCUGGUUAGUCAUUGUGGAUGAUGAUACCUUAAUAAGCAUCUCCAGGCUGCGGCACUUGCUCAGCUGUUACGACGCCAGUGAGCCGGUGUUCCUGGGAGAGCGCUACGGCUACGGCCUGGGCACAGGCGGGCGUGGGCCUAUACUGUUGGGAUAUACACUGUUAUUGAAGCGCUCUGUAAGUGGUAGCUGUUCGUAUAACAGGAUGGUCUUCAGCAGAAAAGCCAUCAGAAGACUCCUUGCCAGUAAGUGUCGCUGCUACAGCAAUGAUGCCCCUGAUGAUAUGGUCCUGGGAAUGUGCUUCAGUGGGCUUGGGAUUCCUGUGACACACAGCCCUCUCUUCCACCAGGCUCGGCCCGUGGAUUAUCCUAAGGACUACCUCUCUCAUCAAGUUCCCAUCUCGUUCCACAAACACUGGAACAUUGAUCCAGUCAAGGUCUACUUCACCUGGUUGGCACCCAGUGAGGAAGACAGUGCCAGGCCAGAGACACACAGGAGCUCUAAAGAAGAGUUAUAAAGCAUGGCGGGCACAGUUUGGGUAGAAGGCAGAAGCUGAGACAGGCACGUCCUGCUGUGCUGUGACCAUAUGCGUGGGCCAUGGGCCUAACACAGGCUUUCCUGACCUGGGAGAGAAAUGACACAUACAGUAUUUUUCUGGGGUGGGGGUAUGUGAUGGGAAUAAUGGGAAACAUUUUUUUUCUGGGAAAAAAAAUCACUUGCUUUUGCAUCAUGAAGCUGUUACAAUACACAAUGAGGAGAGCGAGAGAGAGAGAGAGAGAGUGUGUGUGUUAAACUGUGGUACAGAAACUUUGAUUGUCACAGGAAAAUAAAUGGUUCUAGAAGCCUCCUAUUUGUUUUCAUCAUUAUAAUGAAAGUGGCCAUUGGGCACAAGACUGGAGAGAUGCUACCGUCUGUCAUUAUGUUGAAGAGGGGAAGUCUGUUGAUGUAGAUAUUAUAAUAUAUGAGCUUUUAAACCAUACUAUUGAUGACAAUAGCUCCUGGAAAUUCAGAAGGAAUAGUGCUGUAUUAGAGGUCACUUAUAAUACAGCAUUAAGUCUGGGUAUGAAAUCCUCUGUGGUUUAUAAUCAGGGCUGUUCUGUUUUACCAGCUUUUCUGUUUGUGCCUCGUAAAACCAGGAAUAAGAAGUCUACUGCUAGAACUACUUUCUGUUUCUCUAGAGGUUCAUCUGUGCUCUAUUUCUACCAGACGCCCUGUUUUUAUAACCAACCUAUAGCACGAGAGUGCACCGAAUCCUGCUGAAAAGCAUGUUCUCAAUAUUUAAAAACAGUGCUGUCAUGUUUUAUCAAGUCAGUGAGUGCCACGGAAGCCUCUGAAAGUGUGUCCACUUAGUUUGUUCCUGAUGCUUUGCUCUUACCUGUCUUGAGUCACCUAGUGACUCUCUUGACUCGGUCCAUCCUCCUGCUGUGGAUUAUGAAACCCUAGUGGAAGAGCAGUAUGGUCAGCUGGCCACUUUCCUGGCUCUUAGAAAAUUGGAUAUAAACAGUAUUUUGAAACAGCUCUAGUUUUUCAAAUCAUUUCCUUUAAUGUAUAGUAAUUUAACAUGCUCAGUGUUCGUUUUUUUUUAAAAAAAGAAAGUACUCUGUAUUUUAGUGUCUAAUUAUAUAAUUUAGUUUUCUAAUGUCUCUUGCAUAAAAUUUUAUUUUAAUAUCUUACACUGAUUUGAACAUAGUGAAAUGCUUUCUUUUCAAAAAAAUAAAAAUUUCCAUUCAUUAACUCUGUAUUGUUUUUGUAGCUAAGCACAGGGUUUUAAAAAAUAUACUACCACAAGUACCCAUUUGUAUGCUUUUUAACAUUACAUUUUUGCUCUAGCUCAGAUUUUACUCAUAUUCAAAAUUAUGCAGUAGUAUUUAUCGUCCCCCCCCCCCAAACUAGUAGAUACCAGAACUGGUACAUUUUCAGUGACAACUGAAUGCACUAGAUUCCUUUUUUGAAAUAGUGGGUUUUGUGGCCAACCAGUUCAUGUCUCGGAUGACCAACUGGGCGAGAGCUCUUUGGGGAUUUAUAGUGUUGGUCACAUCAGCACUGCUGACCUGCUGGGACUGUCAUUGCUGACUUAGUGUCAUCUGUAAUAAUACUCCUGGGGGCCUGGUUGCUUGGCCCAAGGGAGAAGUGUCAUCACUUCUUCCUUUUCCUGCCUAACACUCAGCACACUUGGAAACAAUACCUUCACUUGGCAGUGCUGAACUGGUCCAGGUGUGAAAACCUACAUCACUUCUGUUAUAAGCAGUGCCUUCCACUAAUGCCAGAGCACUUCCUCUGGUGCCUUCAAUGUGCUGUCAGUGAUGUUUACUCCUUGAGACUGUGUAAACCUAACCACAAAUAAAAGUUCUUUACCUAA